AUGUCAAGAAGUAGCUUCUUGGUCGACCUUUAUGGUGCUGAAUCAAAGAAUCCAAUUUUGAAUUCCAGCGUCAACAUCAUCUGCGAGGAGACAGCACGGUACUCUUUCGUCAGCCACCUCUCCGCCGCUUUACGCCGCGAAGGUAUCUCUAUCUCUGUGUUUGCGGAUACAGAUCUCGAUUAUCGGAAUCAGGGAGCUACGCUUUCGGUGGUAGUUUUCUCCGAGAGCAACGCCUUCUCCCUUACUUGGGUUGAUAAUUUCGCCAAGGUUCUUGAGCUUCGAAGGAACAACGGCCACAAGGUGACUCCUGUGUUCUACGGUGUUGAUCCAUCGGGAACCAAUCAAGGUUGCUGGAGACAUCGAAGGGAUAUAUCUCUGGACACAUCAAGCUUGAUAUUUGAUGUCAACCCUGAUGCCUUCAAGAAGAUGGUCAGUCUAAGAUUCCUAAAGGUAUACAACUCCUACUCCGAAAAUGCUCCACGGCUCAACUUUCCCAAGGGCCUCAAUUCUCUGCCUUGUGAGCUAAGGCUCCUCCACUGGGAGAAUUAUCCUUUCGAAUACUUGCCUCAAGGUUUUGACCUCCAUGAACUUGUCGAACUUAAUAUGCCUUAUAGUCAGCUUAAAAAACUCAGGGCAAGAACCAAGAACCUCGAGAUGUUGAAGAGGAUCAGGCUUUGUCAUUCCCAGCAGCUAGUUGAAUUUGAUAUACCUUUUGAAGCUCAAAGUAUCGAGCUGAUUGAUCUCCAAGGUUGUACAAGGUUGGAGAGUUUUCCAGCCAUGACGAAAUCACAGCAUCUCCGAGUUUUAAAUCUCACAGGUUGCAGAAGUAUUAAAACUGUCCCAGGGCUUCCACCACAUAUCGAGGAAUUAAAUCUCCAGGGAACUAGCAUAGAAGAGAUACCAAUAUCCAUUGUGGCCGGCUCCUCUCGACCAAACUGCAAAGAGCUUAUGAAUCAUAUGAAAAACUUCCCGGGUCUUGAGCAUGUCGAUUUGGAAAAGGCAAAAAAAUUGAUUAAAGUUAGCCCAUAUGAUCAAGGUUUUCGCAAGCUAGUCCGCUUGAAUAUAAAAGAUUGUUUUCAUCUGCGAAGUUUGCCUGACAUGUAUAAUUUAGAAUCUCUCCAAGUUCUUGAUCUGUCUGGCUGCUUACACCUUGAGGAAAUUAAGUGUUUCCCAAGAAACAUGAAAGAGCUAUAUCUUGCUGGAACAAGCAUACGAGAAUUGCCAUAUUUUCCGGAAAGUCUAGAGUUCUUGAAUGCUCAUGAUUGUUACCUUCUGAAGUCAGUUUGGUUGCUCUUUGAGCAGCUUCCUCGACACUAGACAUUCAGUAAUUGUUUUCGUUUGUCUUUAGAAACAUCCAUUGAAUUUCUAGCGAAAGGCCUGACUAGAGUAAUUAAGUUAGUCAAAGAACAAAAUCAGGAACACAUUAAAGCACCUGCAUUCAACAUAUGUUUUCCUGCAGACGUGUAUCCAGGGUCCUUUGAUUGGCAAGCUAGUGCAUUUGCUGUGGUAGAGCUUGCUCCUUUCACGCGAAAGGCUCUCUCAGGUUUUGCUAUGUCAGUUAUAGUAUCAUUUAGGGAUGAUUGCCACAAUGACGUGGGUUUGGGCAUUAGGUGCAUAUGCACAUGGGAGACCAAGGAAGGCCACUUAGAUAAAAUAGAGAAAGUUUUCAAGUGUUGGAAUCCGGCAGAAGCUCCAACAGUUGAAAGGGAGCACAUUUUUGUCCUCUAUGAUGCCGAAAUACAUCCAUGUGCUGGUGAAAGAAUGGGUCAAAAUAUGUCAGCUGAUGAAUUCAAAUUCGAAUUUCAGACAGUAAGUGGGGACAACAAGCCUUUAGGUGUUAAUUGCGUGGUGACAGACUGUGGUGUCGAGGUAAUUAUGAAUUCAAAAUUUGAUACAACUUUUAGUGCGGUUUCAAGGGCAAGUGUGGAUAUUGAGGAGGUUCCUCCUCAUAUUCCGAAAGAGCCAGAGGCAAAGAUCAGUUUUCCUCCAUCCAGCAAGCUACCUAAGCUUUCUACUGUGGCUAGCAAGGUAAAAUCUAAGCGUGCCGUGUUUCCGGGGUGGGUAGGUUGUCUUCCGCGGGUGAGGAAAAUUAAAAGAGACAACAAAAAAGAUCGAGAAGAUCUGAUGGCAAUCAUUUAAUCGACAGUAAAGGGUAACUUUCGUUGGAUUUUGCUUAUAUAUAUAUCAUCAAUUUAUAAGCUUCUUAUUUGAACUUAUCUUUCUUGGACGCUUGUAUCGUGUCUGAAAAAGGGAAGCAAAAAUGUUUGUUAUAACAUGUUGAAAUAGAUGUAUCCUACUCACUGUUCUACAAUUGUAUAUGAUUUUUACACUGAUAAUAAUAUUUGAACUGUUUCAACUGCA